AAAUUCGUCGGCAAAAAAUAAAUGAUUGGGAGAAAAAAAUGCGUAUUCCAGGUGCUCGAGUACAAGAUGUAGCAGAGUUAGAAAAAAUUCUCAAGCGACCAAUUACAUUACUGGAUAUUACACAUGGCACUAUUUUUAAUAGCAAAAAAUAUCGAUCAGGUAAGUAUGAAGAAAUAGAAAUGGUAGUUCAUAAUGGGCAUACAUUCCCUCGAAAUCAUCAUUUUCCAAAGGAUCGAAUGGUUGAAUAUUAUAAAGACGAUACUUGGGAAGCUAUCAAUAAUGCCCUUCAAGGUCCUCAAGCAAUCUGGCUUAUGGGAGUAGGAGAUGAAAACCAAAGAGUUUCUCAAUUUGUUUUAGAAGACGGCCGUGCAUUUAGGACAUGGAUAAAGCAUACAGAUAUUAUAAAAGCAUGUAAGGAAUUAUUUAAAGACGCGGUAAACUGGCAAUUUCAUGAAAAUAUAAUUAAUGAAGAAAAAAAAUCGAUUCUUUUAAAGUCUCUCAAAGUAGUUGACUUAGCAGAGCAAGUAUUUGGUGCAAACCAUGCUGGAAGUCGACUUGCCAAUGAAAUCAAUGAAUGGCGUCCAAUAUCUGGAAAAAUAAAUGAUGUUAUAAGACAAGCUUGUGUUGAGCAUGGGCAUGGUGGACGCUGGAAUGCACCCAGUUAUCACAUUAAUAAUGUCGUAUGUAUUGAUAUGAAAGAAUGCUAUUCAGCAAGUAUGCGAGGCCAAGGAGAAUGUGCACCAUGGUUUAAUCGAUUUGGGCACCCAACACAUCAUCUUGUCCGAGUAGCAGUAAAUGGAAAGUUACCAAAAGAUGAUACCACCGGAUUUGCACAGAUAAAAUCUUUCAAAUUUGCUUCUAAUAUACAUCCAGUAAUCUCAGUCUGGUAUGGAAAACAUUUUGCAUGUCGAAGCGGAGAUGGAUGUGUAAAAAGUAAAGGAUGGACACCUAUUGUAUUUCUACGAUAUCUUCUUGAGACCGGUAUUCUAGAAAGUGUAACAAUUGGAGAAGCAAUUAUUUCUCUUACCAAACAAACAAAAGUAUGGUUACCAAAAAAUCGAAAUAUUAGUUGUGCAAUUAUAGGUAAGUUUAUACAAGGUGGCAAGAUUGAUGAAAAACAACUUACUCAUCGACUUGUAACAGAUGAAGGUGAGCUCAAUUUCUUGGUCAAAGAUUGUACUGAUGCCGGAACUUUUGCCGGAAGAGAAAAAUGUCCACUUGGUUUUAUACUUACAUACUAUGAGGGUCAUCAACCUCAAUAUACUCAUUUACGGGCUUCAAUGUUAGCAUAUGCACAUAUUAAUUUGUUAGAGAUGCUUCGGAGAUUCGAUCCUAAUGAAGUAGUAAGAAUUGCUACAGAUUCUAUAUAUGUACGAAAAGAUGCUUUAUAUAAGAUCGAAAAUAUACCGGCAUUCUUCAAGCAAGUUGAGGUAAAGUCAGAUCCAAAUUUAUGUUCACACUAUCCUUCUUGUGCAAUGUGUAGUGAUCCAGAAGAAUUCUUUAUUUCAAAAUUGGAAUAUGCAAAAUGGAUUAAAGAGUUUCUAAAAACUAAAACGCCUCUAGCAAAAUAUAAUUGCAAAAGGCAUAAACCAUUUAUUUGCAGAUUUUGCUUUGGGAAAUGGUUUUAUAGCGGAGCUAGUGCCAAGACACAUAGAUCAGACUCCUAUGCUCUUUUACAUCAACCAGAAGAACAAGAAAUCCGAGAAAUUCAACCCGGUCAAUGGCGUGAUAAGAGCGAAAAAAUAUAUGAUAUUCCAGAUAGUAUUGCACCAACAAUUCAUGAUCCUAUUACAAGAUGUCGAAAUUCAUAUCUUAAUGGAGAAGGAGGAUCCGGUAAAACAACACGAGCAAUUAGAAUAUUUAAAAAUAUAAAUAUGAUUGUCUUUACUCAUACAAAUGCAUUAGCCAAAGAUUUUCGAGAAAAAUGUAAUGUGAAAGCCCAAAUCUGGCAUAGCUUCUUUCGAUGGAAUGGUGUAGAAGAGUGGACACCUGAACACAUGGGAGAGAAGAAAUUUCCACGAGUUGUUAUUUGGGAUAAGGUAUGUACGGUUCCUAAGCAUAUUCUUAAAAUGUUCAUUAAUUAUUUGUUAGAACAUAAAUGUCAGGUAAUUUGUUGUGGUGACGAUGCGCAACCUCCACCAUUCUUCAGAGAAAUGCCACAUAAUUGGUUAAGAGAGCAUGCCGAUUAUUAUGAAGAAGUCUUGACUGAUUAUCAGGCCAAAUGUCCUAAAUUACGUGAACUCAAAAAAGAAAUGUGUCGUAAAAAUAAUUGGGUGCAAUCAGAAUUAUUUUGUGGAGCAAUUCCAGUUAUAGAAAAAUGGAAAUAUCUUGAAAAGAAAUGGUCUCCCUCAGAUCAAAUUUUAUCAGCACUUCGACUUUCUCGAAGACUUGCAUCACAAAUAUGUCUCAAGCUUCAUUGUACAAAAUAUUCCGAAAUUCCAAUUCUAUUAAUUUAUAGGCCAAAAGAUGGGCGCAAACAAAACUGCCUUGUUCCAAUCCCUGGCUCAUCUGAGAAAAGAGAGCUAGUAAAAAAUGAUAUAAUACACUUACCCUUAAAUACACUUUCUGAUAAAUUCUUACAAGGCAUGUUAGGAAAAGAAAAGGCUAUAGAUUGGGAACUUGGAUAUGCAAUGACCAUUCAUACCAGUCAGGGAAUGACUCUCAAAGCUCCACAACGAGUUUGGGUUAUCGAUGAACAUUUGGCGUGGGAUAAUCUAAUUUAUCUUGCAGUUGGUCAUGUAGAAUAUUUGGGCCAACUUAUUCGAAUUGAAGGUCCCCCAUUACCUCCUGAGAUUAAAGAUGCAAAAAAUAAGAAAGCAAUUGAGCGAUCCUUAAGACUAUUUAUUUCUGGAAAACUCGUAGGAUAUAUGGAUCAAGAUAAGAAAAAAGGUCGUGAAUUUAACUUAUCUGUUGAUUAUAUCCUUGUAUUAAAAGAUUCGCAGAAAAAUAAAUGUAAAUUAUGUCUCAAUGAAUUGUUAUGGGAUUGGGACGAAGCUGGAAAUCCAGACCAAUGGACAGUAGAUAGAAUUAAUAAUGAAUUGGGACAUAUUAAAGGAAAUGUACAGCUUACUUGUUUAGAAUGCAAUCGGAAUCAUCGAGUCUAG